UCUUCAGAGUUCUACAGGGGUUCGGACUCCUGAGCACCUCAAUUUAUCAAUUAAAUCACUGUACCACAGCUGCAAAUGAAUUACAGUUGCUGCAAAUUAUCCUGUUGAAUAAUCUCAGCCGAAUUUAGUAUUAAAAAAACCCAAUAAGUGAUAAUUGUAACUUAAAUUGUGAUAAUCGUGGUAGUAAAAGUGUGAAAUGGAGCAAAUGCUGUCAACACCCUGUAAGACGAAGGAUGAAGAGGAUUCCAAGUCCCCCAGGAGUCCUUUCAAGACACCCAGGAAGCAGAACGACAAGAGGGAAAAGCACACCACGUACCAUGCGACUGCUACAGGAUUUAAACUCAUUUCUAAUCAUAUGACUCCACCCUCGGGGAUUGCGCGAUUCAUGGCGAGAAAUCCCUUCGACGCUGAUCUCACGAAUCGCCUGCACCUCUCGGUCAUCAGUCCUACGAUAUUCAGUAAAGUUUCACCCAAGAUGCAGGGGUCUCCUGCAUUCGCUUGGACAAUCGAUGAGCUGGCGAUAAUGACACCGGCAGUGAUCGAUGAAUUCCCUGUGCAGCAGAAUCACUGCACAGAUCCUGAAGUGGAAUUUCACGCUCAGAAAGCUAUUGAUAAGUUCUUCAGUGAAUCACAAAUCCAUCCGAGCCCCUGGCACACGAGGAAGCAGGCACAACCACUUGUGAUGAUGACUCCCACGACCAGACCAAUCGAGGCCUUGACCAUGAGUAGAGCAUCUCCACCUGGCACAAAAGACUGCGCAACCCAAACAGUAUUAACUCUUCCCCCAGUUCUCCCAGCAGAUCUCGAAGAAGCGCUGAAGCCCUAUUUAACCUACACUCAGGACCAGAACACCCCAAGUUCGGAGGACGAAGCGAACUCGAGUAACAACUCCCUCAGGAGAAAGCUCUUCUUCACUCACGACGAGUCAACCGAGGAAGAGGACGAAUUGUCAUUCGUACUCUCUCCUUUGAAGGAUCCAUCAAGUCCGCCGCAGAGUGGAAUGUUCAUGCAUGGGACACCCCUAAGAGGUCGUCCUUACUCAAUGCAACGAAACCACGGGACCCCCUACACGAACUCCAGAAAUCUCUCGCCAUUGAAUAUGUCACCGAUCUGCAAUCCCACCCUCGACAUGUCCUGCCAGAGCAUUCAGUCUCGUCGUCGAUCAGUCACUCGUCUCGACUUCACAACAUUCAUGAGCAUCGACGUAUCCUCUGAGGAAAAAGACCUCCAGACGCCAACAUCGACCCACCCCGAGACAAUCUUCGAGGAGAGUCUGGAGACAAGGAAACCAGAGGUCGAGGUGAACAAAAAUAAUACGAUUGAGAUGGUUUCACUCCUCCAGGAGUCGACGCCCUUCAACCCAGCGAUUCCCAUAACAAUCGAAGUGAGCAAAAUCGACAGAGUUAAAGACCUUGGGGACUGGUACAGGAAUGUUUCCUGUGAGAGCAUCAAUGGGCAGAAGCUUGGGACUACCCUCUUGAGGUCUAAUUACUCCGAGCAGAGCAGUGCUUUCAAUUUUGCACAGGACACUGGAUACCAGACGUACAGUAUGAAUAAUACCUCUGAUAAUCGCAGUAUUACUCCGAUUAAAAAACAAUCCAAUUGGAGCGAGAGGAUCACCGCUAUCAGUGAAAUCGAUGAGAUCAAGUCCUCCAAUUGGCAGGAGAAUAUUGAGAAUAUGUACAGCUCCACUCCGUCCAAGUACGGGAGACAGAGAGAUAAUUGACUGGAAUAAUUUCAUUGCUCAAUUAAUCAUAGGUUUGAGUAGGCGUCGAGUGGUAGAACAUCGAGAGUUUUUUUUGUGUUUCCCCGCGAAUUUUUAAUAUCAUUGACUAUCGGAAAUUUAAUCUAGAGUAUUUUCAAUAGUUCAUGAUUUUUUAAUCUCAUAAUCUCCCUUUUAGAAAUUUAUCGAUGAGCCAAUGAUAUUGAGAAAAAAAUCAAAUAAAUUGAUUAAUUACGGGAAAAAUAUGAAAAAACUCUUCCUUCUAAAACGAUUUUGUAAAAAUAUCAAAAUUGGCUUACAGCUAGAUAAAUCAAUAAUGAAUGAUACGAGAAAUGAGUGAACAUGAUUUUUGGGGUGAAUAAUAUGUGCAAUUCUGUGAGCCUGAUGACAACCCACUGUUGGCCGUACUGCUAUCAUUUUAGUCAUUAUUAUUAUUAAUUUGUCCUGAUGAUGCCAACGAGGAGAAAAUUGUGAUAUUCAGCCCCAUGUAAUACGAAUGACAUCACUCUACUUACGAGUUGAAUGCGAGCACUUGCGUCCUGAAUGGUUCCACUUUCAUACGUGCUGGACUGAUGAAAUAAUACAAAAUAUAACAUGAUUCGGUGAUUUUAUAUGGUACAGAAUAAUACCCAAGAGACUGCAACGAAAUCAUAUUAUUCCUCUAUUCGGCAGUGGAGACGAGCGAAUUGAAAAAUAAUUUUUAUACUUUUUAUCAUUUUUUAGGAGACGCGCAUUAAUAAAAUGAGGCGAUGAAUACUUGACUUUACAAA